AUGGCGCCCACGUGGGUUCUCCUACAACCACAAUGGUGGAGCAGAGUUGGCGGGAGGGAGGCGGAACCCAAGGUCGAAGAGGACGACCAAGAGCAGCUGAGCUUUGUCUUCUCCUCCGAAUCCAGCAUUCCAGCAAUGGACGGCUCGAGGGGCCCCGCCGGCUUCGCCACGCAGGCCAACGCCCUCCUCCGCAAGAACCUCUGCUUCCAGAAGCGGAACGUGAAGACGAACGUCUGCAUCACCGUCUUCCCGACCCUACUCUGCGUGCUGCUGCUGGUGAUGCAGGGCGUCAUCAACCGCGAGAUCGGCAAGCCGGAGUACCGCUGCGGCUGCGCGUGCGUCGACACGGCCGCCGACGGGAGCUGCCGGAGGACCGAGUGCGGCGUCCAGUACUCCACGCAGGACCAGGUCGCCACCUGCCCGGUCCCCAGCCCGCCGCGGUGGCCGGCCGUGCUCCAGCUGCCCCCGCCCGAGUCCAGGGCCGUCGGGACCGCCUCCCAGCCGCUCGACGGUUUGCCUAGCCCGGCUUGCCGGGACACCCGCUCUUGCCCCGCCGCGUUCCUCGUCACCGGAAGCAACCGCUCGCUCGCCCAAAGUCUUUCGGGUCAACUGUUCCCUGCUCUGACUUCGCCUUUGAAUUUCACUGACUAUCUACAUACACUCUCCAAGAUUGUUCCUGGCUCUGAAGUGCCGGCGUCGUUUAGACAGUUUUUAGAGCCAGCGUUUACUCCAGGGAAUACUCUGUAUAUUGUUCAACCUCGGUGUAGGUCCAAUUUCUCGCAAACAGUUUCAGUCGAUGCUGGGCCGAAACCCCUUAAACUCAAUGUAGACUGCAUUCAAGGUUUAUCGUUAUGGCGUGAAAGCGCAUCAGUUAUCAAUGACGAACUAUUUAAGGGUUAUAGGCAACAAAGAGAAAGUGGAGGAGGGAAGGCGAAUGAGUUUGCUGCAGGUUACGACUUCCUGAGUACAAAUACAGAUAGUCUUGAUAUUAGUAUUUGGUUCAACUCUACAUAUAACAACAAUACCGGAGUUUUUGAAAUGGCAUUAUUACGAGUACCACGCUUGGUUAACAUGGUGUCCAACGCAUACAUCAAGUUUCUCAGAGGAAGUGGAGCAGAAAUGCUGCUUGAAUAUGUUAAAGAUAUGCCUAAAGUAGGAUCAGAACUUAAACUUGACCUGUCUUCUCUUCUUGGUGCGCUAUUCUUCACAUGGAUCAUUGAGCUACUGUUUCCAGUUAUACUAACAUAUCUCGUGUAUGAGAAGCAACAAAAGCUGAAAAUUAUGAUGAAGAUGCAUGGUUUGAAGGCCGGUCCUUACUGGAUGAUAACUUAUACUUACUUCUUUGCUCUAUCAGCUCUCUAUAUGAUACUAUUUGUCACUUUUGGCUCCUUGAUAGGUCUGGGUUUCUUUACAACAAAUAAUUACAGCCUUCAGAUUGUUUUCUACUUCAUCUACAUAAAUCUGCAGAUUGCUCUCGCAUUUUUCGCAGCAUCGUUCUUUUCUUCUGUCAAAAUAGCCACAGUGGUUGGUUACAUCUAUGUAUUUGGUUCUGGUUUACUAGGGGCAUUUCUUCUGCGCUUUUUUAUCCAGGAUAAUAGUUUCCCGAAGGGUUGGAUAGUGGUGAUGGAGAUUAUCCCUGGAUUUUCACUUUACAGAGGGUUAUACGAGCUUGGUCAAUAUGCAUUCAUUGGAACUGCAAUGGGAACCGAUGGUAUGACGUGGACUAGUUUGAGUGCCCCUGUCAAUGGAAUGCGUACUGUAUUGAUUAUCAUGGUUGUUGAAUGGGCAAUACUUCUCCCAUUGGCAUUUUAUUUGGAUCAAGUCUCAUUACUGGGUGGUGGACUCCGAAAAAGGUUGUUAAUCUUGUUGAAAUGCUUUAAGAAGCGAGCUGCAUCAUUCCGGAUGUAUAGCUUUGGUCGGAUAGGAUCUAAAGUAAUAGUUGAAAUGGAGAACCCCGACGCGACUCAGGAAAGAGAGGCCGUUGAGCAGCUUCUGCUGGAACCCAAUGCAAAUUAUGCUAUUAUAUGUGAUAACCUAAAGAAGGUUUACCAUGGAAGGGAUGGAAAUCCUGACAAGCUUGCAGUUCGUGGGUUGUCUCUUGCCCUCCCGAAAGGCCAAUGUUUUGGGAUGCUUGGCCCAAAUGGGGCUGGGAAAACAUCCUUCAUUAGUAUGAUGAUUGGGCUCGUUCCACCUACGUCUGGCACUGCUUAUGUCCAUGGAAUGGAUAUACGUACUGAUAUGAACGAAAUAUACACAAAUAUGGGUGUCUGCCCACAACAUGACUUACUUUGGGAAACAUUGACGGGAAAAGAGCAUCUGUUGUUUUAUGGAAGACUAAAAAAUCUUAAAGGCGCUGAAUUGCUGAAGGCAACUGAUGAUUCUCUGAAGAGUGUUAACCUAUUCCGUGGUGGUGUCGGUCAUAAGCAAGUGGGGAAGUACAGUGGGGGCAUGAAACGGAGGCUUAGUGUCGCAAUCUCCUUAAUUGGAGAUCCCAAGGUUGUCUUCAUGGAUGAGCCGAGCACUGGACUAGAUCCAGCAUCAAGAAAUAGCCUGUGGAGUGUUGUGAAGGAAGCGAAGAAAAACCGUGCCAUCAUUCUUACAACACAUUCAAUGGAAGAGGCAGAGGUACUAUGUGAUAGACUCAGUAUUUUUGUUGAUGGUGGUUUCCAAUGCAUUGGAAAUCCGAAAGAGCUAAAAGCAAGAUAUGGGGGUACCUAUGUGCUCACAAUCACAACAUCUCCGGAACAUGAGCAGGAGGUUGAACAACUGGUUCACCGUUUAUCGCCAAAUGCGAACAGGAUAUAUCACAUAUCUGGAACACAGAAAUUUGAGCUGCCAAAGCAGGAGGUGAAGAUAGCAAGCGUCUUCCAUGAAGUUGAGAGUGCAAAAUGCCGUUUUAGCAUACACGCUUGGGGGCUCGCUGACACCACCUUGGAAGAUGUCUUCAUCAAGGUUGCCCAGGGAGCACAAGCCUUUAGUGUGAAUGCGUAAGUAGUAUAUCUGAUUAAUAGGUUAUUGUUCUUUCCAUUUGUGAUAAAUAUAUGGUGUAUAAUUCUUGUUUGAACUCGCUGUAACUUUUGUUUAUUAUAAUACUUGAGUUGUAAAUUAGUAUUGUAAAGUUGUA